AGAGGAAUAAUGGCGACGUUGUCUACCGUUUGUUGCAGGAGGACUACACGCCCUUUUGCAUAUUCCAAAAUAUUGUCUUUGCAUUCGACGUCAUCGUUUGUUGUCCAAACGCGCAGUUAUGCUGUUCCCAAGCGUGCCAAUGCCACGAAACAAGGUCGUCAAGGCUUUCGUGGUGGAGGAACCCAGGGUCGAGAUGGAGACCAAGCUCCUGUUAAGAAGGAGAAGAAACUUAUGACUUUUCAGCCCAUGCCAGCCAGUCAGUUAUCACACCCUUUGUUCCAGAGCGAGCGUGUUGAUGAACUGCAAAAAUUGAACGUGUUUCACCCCGAAAUAAUAACCUGUGGCUCUGAAAGUGAGGCCCUGAGGUUCCCGCACAAUGAAGACGAUCCUUUUCGUCGAUUUGGUUUGCCAAGAAAGAUGCUUUUGGAGUUCCGCCUUUUAUCAAGACCAUGCACUGUCGUCCGUGGUAUAACCAUAGAUGUUGUUGAUAAGCUUGACUCUGCAAGCCGAGCAUCAAGUUCAGAUACCAGAUUGGUUCUUACUGGAGCUCCUGGAUGUGGAAAGAGUUUCCUACUACUGCAAGCUGUCCAGUAUUGUGCAUCGAAGGACUGGCUGGUGUUGUAUAUCCCGCGUGGUGUCAGUCUUGUGAACUCGACGACGGCUUAUGUGUAUGAUAUCCGCACACAAACUUAUCUACAGCCCGUUUUUGCGUACCAGACACUACAACGUUUCUUAACUGUGAAUUCUGCGAAGUUACAGUCGCUUUCUACACGGCAGGCAACGGAACUAGAACGACGACCUCCCUUACCUGCUGGGACACCUCUGAUAGACCUUAUUAACGUUGGUUUGCGGGAUCAAAUUGUCGCACCGACCGUUUUGACGGCAUUGAUGAACGAGCUUGGACAACAAACAACGCAUCCAGUAUUACUUGCUGUCGAUGAUUUCCAAGCUCUUUUCUGCAAAAGCACUUAUCGUGAUCCUCACUUUUCUCGUAUCAAAUCAUAUCAUCUUUCUAUGCCCCGUUUGUUCCUCGAGUAUGCAAGUGGUAAAAGGUCAUUUGCUCGCGGUGCUUUCAUGGGAGCUCUUUCUUCCACGGAUACAACUUUCAAACUUCCGCUUGAACUUCGGGAAGCCUUGGGAUUACCUCAUGACCAACCAUCGGGACCAUACAUCAAGCGUUCGGAAGCUCUCACUCAUUAUGCACGAGGUCUCAAGGCCUUGGCAGUCCCUGAUAUGCUUACUGUCAGCGAGGCCGCGUCACUGUUUGAGAUAUGGAUGAAAGAUAAAGCCUUAACGUCUGCCGCACAUGAUGAAUCAUUCUUGGCGAAAUAUAGUGAAGCCAGCGGGAAUGCUCGGAACUUUGUGUGGAAAGGUUUGCUAUCAACUCUUGCGAUGUAACUUACAUAGUUAGAUAAUAUUUCUCCAUGUGAUGGUAUAAAAUCAGUACAUAUACACUACAGAUUUGAAAGGAAUCUCGAUCACGUGCUUCGACGCGUCCCUUGUUCA